CGAGCGGGCGCCCCGACGGCGGCAUGCCGGAGAAGCGGCUCUCGGCCGACCCGCCAGAUAUUACAGAAGAAGAAUUUGAAAAUUAUUUGGCAACAGACGACUUCCUUGUGGAUUACUUUAAUGAGUUCUUAAGCCUUCCUACCUUUUCAGAGGCAAUCAGAUUUAAUGUGGACUAUGGGGUUUUUGAAGUGGUUAACAAUGCACCCCAACUUCUGGAAAAGCAACUGAAAAGAAUUCUGCAAAGUCACCAACCUCGAAAUCCCAUCUAUGAUGUGAUAAGGAAAGGGAAAAGUGAUGCUAAACCUCCUCAGAAGAGUGCCCCUUGUGAAGAUGAGGCCAUUAAUGUCACCUACACUAUCAUGUGUCUCAACCGCGAACAAGGUAUUAAGUGGAUCAAGAGAGAAAGACUUCCGGCAUUUCUGGAAAGUGAUUGCUACUUUGAAUACAGGUUAGCCAAGUUGAUCUCACAAGCAACAUGGAGCAGCUCAGGCAUGAAUUUCAUAGUAGGAACAAACUUUUCCCCCUGGAUCCUGAGAAAACAGCCCACUCCACCUCCUCCUUCCACCGAAGAGGACAAUCUCUUAAUCAUGAAGAAGUUCUACAUUUCUCUCGGCCAGGCUUCCUAUACUCAAACAAAAGAUUGGUUUACAUUGGCAAAGCAAAGUCAGAAGACAGUGACGACCUUUUCGUUGCCCUGCUGUGUAACCCACCACAAAAUUGCGUCACCAGCUAUUUCUUCAGCCUCUGAGAGUGUUAUCUUCAACGAUUCAGUGCACCCCAGGACAAUAAAGAGCCCAUCUAAAACCAGUAAAAUGGCCCCAGAACUGGAAGAAGAAGAAGAAGGGUCCGUCUCAGUAAAAGACACUCCUUCCCAAGCUCUUCUGAGAAUAUACCUGGAGAGGAAAGACGUGCAGGACAAGAAUCAGACUCUGCACUUCGUAUCAGUUGAUGCAUUUCUCAAUGCCUAUGUAAUCUUUAUCUUGAGAGAAGCCGUUGAGCACAUCACCGGCCAUUCCUUUACUGAUGCCCCGGGCUACAUCAACUUCUAUAACGUCUCCCAGGUGGUAUUUGAUAAAGUGGAGCCUGUGCCUACCAAGAAGGUCGUAAGUCCAUCCCAAAUUGAAACAGUACAGGACAUCUCAGAAGAGAAAUUGGAAAAAAUAAGCUUAAGUUCAAAGAGCGAAAGCACUGGACCGGAGAGCAGGGCCGACUGGUGUAUUUCUCACAGAACCUAUGACAUUGGCAACAGAAGGGAAUUUGAAAGAUUUAAGAAGUUUCUAAAGGGAACAUUAGGAGAGAGAUACUGGUGGCUAUGGAUGGACAUUGAGAGGUUAAAAGUUCUUAAGGACCCUGGAAGACAUCAAAGGCAUCUUGAGAAAAUGAAAAAAUGCUACCUUGUGAGCAGUGGGGAGCGCUACCUUUCUACAGAAAUCCUAUCCAAGUUUAAGCUGCUGCACGGUUCCCGGUGGACAGAGGAACACUUGAAAAACAUUCAGAUUGAGGUGCUAAAACCUCUGCUUCUGUAUUGGGCACCAAGAUUUUGUGUGACUCAUUCACCUUCAACAAAAAACGCUAGUGCUGAGCUUAGAUUCUGGCGCCUCCGUCAAGAGAAACCAAGGAAGGAUAUUGACCCUUUCCCACAGAUGGCAACCCUCCUGCCAUUAAGGCCAAAGUCUUGCAUUCCACAGGUCCCUGAGGUCCAGGGAGAUGAAAUUGGUUUAUUUCAUCAAUCCAAAUCUCCUAAGAAAUUGUCAAGAGUAAGCGAAGGGAUUCAAAAGUUGGGGAGGAGCGAGUCCCUGCAUCCAGUCUCAUCUAAGGAUGAUGGUCUUGAGAAAGGGUCAAAGUGGCUCUCAGAGGGCAGCACAGUAUUUCCCUUGACGUCUUUCACCGACAUCUCUGAAUGUCUGAAGCCCCAGCUGGACAGAAAAUAUACUUACACAGAAGAGCUUAACGUUAAAGCUGCUUCACGUGUUGGAGCCUUGGGAAGCUUUGACAUGGAAAACUUGUUACAGUCUUUGUAUGUUGAAAACAGAGCUGGAUUCUUCUUCACUAAAUUCUGCGAGAAUUCAGGGAACAAGCUGUGGAAGCACAGUGUGUACUUUUGGUUUGACCUACAGGCUUAUCAUCAGCUGUUCUACCAAGAAACACUUCAGCCUUUCAAAGUAUGCAAACAAGCCCAAUAUCUCUUUGCUACUUAUAUUGCUCCAUCAGCCGCCCUCGACAUUGGACUCGAACAGGAAGGGAAGAAGGACAUCUACAUGAGAAUACAGCCACCAUUUGAGGACCUCUUUGACACAGCGGAAGAAUAUAUCCUUCUCAUCCUUCUGGAACCCUGGACACAGAUGGUGAUGUCAGACCAAGUGGCUUACAGAAAGGUGGAACUACAAGAAGAGACCCGGCAGCUAGAUUCCACAUACUUCAGAAAGCUACAUGCUUUGCAUAAAGAAAUAGUUCCCAAGAAGGCUGAGGACACCGCUGGAUCUGAGACGGGCAUGCUGUCACUGUCUCAAGUCCCUAAACAAACGGAGUACUGGAGUAAUGUCCCCGAGGAAUACAAGCAUUUCACAUUUAACGAUCUACUGAACAACAAACUGGAAUUUGAGCAUUUCCGCCAGUUUUUAGAGUCUCAUUCUUCAAGUAUGGACCUCUCCUGUUGGAUAGAUAUCGAGCAGUUCCGAAGAAUCCCUUUUAACGACCAAAAGCAAAGGGAAGCAAAGGCUAUAUACAUUAAAAACAAAUACCUUAAUAAGAAAUAUUUCUUUGGCCCCAGCAGCCCAGCUUCUCUGUACCAGCAGAACCAGGUCAUGCUGCUGAGUGGUGGCUGGGGGAGGAUCCUUCACGAGCAGUUUGAUCCAUCCGUGCUGGUGGAAAUCCAGAAGCUCGUCCUGAAUAAGCUGGAAAACGUGUGGCUGCCGUUGUUUCUCACAAGUGAACAGUUCUUAUCACGUCAGAAGAUAAAGAUACAGAUGAAAGACAUAGCGGAUGAACUUUUGCUACAGAAACAUGACAGGAAAAUUGGAGUUUGGAAGCCUGUGGCGAGUAAGUGGAUAUCUUCAUCCUGUGAGAUUAUUGCCUUCCGAAAAGCAUUAUUGAAUCCAGUCAUUGCAAGGCAGUUUCAACGAUUUGUGGCCCUGAAAGGAGAUUUACUGGAAAAUGGAGUACUUUUUUGGCAAGAAGUACAAAAGUUUAAGGACUUGUGCCACUCACAUUGUGAUGAAUCUAUCAUCCAGAAAAAGAUCACGACCAUCAUCAACUGCUUCAUCAACUCCUGCAUCCUACCAUCUCUGCAGAUAGACAUCCCAGUUGAGCAGGCCCAGAAGAUAAUUGAACACAGGAAGGAGCUGGGACCAUACGUGUUCCGGGAGGCACAGAUGACAAUUUUCGGAGUUCUGUUUAAGUUCUGGCCACAGUUUUGUGAGUUUAGGAAGAAUCUAACAGAUGAAAAAAUCAUGAGCGUUUUAGAGAGAAGACAAGAAUAUAAGCAGAAAAGGAAAUUGUCAGAGUCAGAGGAGGACAAGAUCGGAAAGAGCGGAGUCAAACAGUACACAAGCACCACAGUCUCCCUAACCAAAGUUCCUCUAGCCAGCGAGUCCUUGCUAGGCCUGCAAGCCUAUGGCCGCCAGCCAACCUGGUGUUAUUCAAAGUAUAUAGAAGCCUUGGAACAAGAGCGAAUUCUUCUGAAGAUUCAAGAAGAAAUGGAAAGGAAAAUGUUCACAGGGUAGCGACAUUCAAGCCCAUGUUCACGUUCUGCCGUUGAUAGGUGCGAGGUAAGCCAUAGAAGGAGACU